UUUCCCUUCCCUGUGCAGCUGCUGAGUUUAACUAGUCUUAUCGCCUCCACGUGGAGGGAACCUAGAUCCCACUGCAUGGGAAGUCCAUGGUCACUGUUUUUUUCCUUUUUAAAGGGCUUAAAAAGGAGGGUCAAGGCUGAGUUAGUCGUGAGCAGGUGACAUCCUGGUUAAAUAGGGACUGAGCUUGAGCACUGAAUGAGGCUGCUGAUGUUUUCCAGAGCUUUUCUUUUCUAAAGCCCUUUUAAUGGUGUGUCCUUCUUCAGUAUGUUUUCUUUUGAAGAGAAGAUGACAAACAGCCCCUGCUCUGGUUACCGGGACCAGCAUCCUCAGACUAUCCUUUACAACAUCUUGAGUUGGAGGGACAACAACUACCUCAACAACAAACUGAUCUCUAAUUCCUUAGCACACAACUGCCACUGUGAGCAGAGGAGGAGAGUUUGCCUGAAGGACCCAAAGGCCACCUGCCAAGAUGCCUCCAGUGUGCUGGUAAAAACCAUCUGCUUCAUGAGAAGUUUACCAUCCUUCAGCCAGCUUCCACUGGGAGAUCAGUCAUCACUGUUACGACACUGCUGGGUUCCUUUAUUUGUUCUGGGGCUUGCACAAGACAGGAUAGUGUUUGAAGUGACUGAUGUACCAUAUUCAAGUAUCCUUAGACAGAUUUUGCUCAGACCAGGACUUUCUGAAAGUCAGGCUGACCAACCAACUCUUACUGGAGUCCAUAGACUGAGAACCUGCUUGCAUCAGUUGUGGAAUCUGGAUCUCAGUCCAAAGGAAUAUGCUUACCUGAAGGGUGCCAUGUUGUUCAACCCAGUUGUUCAAGGAUUGAGUGCCAUGUUGUUCAUUGAGGGCCUCCAACAGGAGGCUCAGAGAGCUCUUCAAGAAGUCAUCCACCUCCUGCACCCAGAGGACGCUGGUCGCUUCAGACACAUCCUUCUAGCAGCCUCAGCCAUUCAGAAUGUCAGCCACGGCUUAGUCACAGAGCUCUUCUUCAAGCCACUUAUUGGCAACACCAACAUGGUCCAUUUAUUGACAGAAAUGUUAUUUGUCUGAUAAGACUACAGAAAAAACACUUCUAUAGAUGAGUACUGUAAUGCUGAAUUUUAGUUUAGUGAAACAUGCAUAAAAUAAAAUAAAUA